AAGCGCGCUUCAAGCAACGCUAGCGUUUGUGAGCGUGAGGUUUUUCUCCCAGGAAUGGCACGCGUGCUCUGAGGCCCUCUGCUGGCUGACUGCAGCACUGCGCUGUCGCAAUCCUCUUCAUCACGACACACCAAAGCGUCCUUACAGACCGGGAGAAUGUCCCAGCGCUUCCGUUCCCCAGCCUUACAGUCGCUCCAGAGCAUGUUUGACAGAGACAGAGAUCUCGACAGGACGAUCCUCGUGGGAAACAUCCACAGCUGUGUGACAGAGGAGAUUCUGUUCGAGCUGUUCCUGCAGGCCGGUCCGGUGGACGAGGUGCGUAUCUUCAGAGACGCUCAGCAGGCUCCGUAUGGAUGUGUUUAUUAUAAGCACGCUGAAGCUGUUCCCUACGCAGUCGAACUUCUCAAUGGGAUCUGGCUCUAUGGGCAGCCGAUCAAGUUACAGCGGAAAACCGAUGGACAUUAUCAUAGAAAUGAGGCGUCUGCAUACCACACGGGGAGCGGACUGAUAGCAGACAGUGCAGAUGCUGUACACCGGGAUGAUGUGGUUUUGAAUUUAAACAGCAGUCCAGGUGUGGAGAUCCAUUCUAAUGAAGCAUACAGCUGGAGUGACAUGGUGUACAGCAGACGUCUGCAGGUGUGUCCUCCAGCUGUGUGGUUCUGUCCUCCUCUGCAGCUGUGGCCGGGCUCUGGUCACUCGUCUGGGACGUCUCUCCACAGGUCAGCCAGCAGCGCAGGUUGAUGUGCAAAUAGACCGCUGUACGGAGGGCGCUGUCCGAGCAUCCUGACAGCGUCUGUUCCUGCGAGCACUGCUUCAGACUGCCAGCUGUAAACCAUAUCUGUGCAUGCUCUAAUAAAGCCUUCGACUGUCUCUGCAAGUACUGAAGCACAUGAGCUCAAAUGUUUAUUAGUGACUUCAUCUUGCGCUCGCAUCUCAAGUGAUUAGAACCUCAAUAACUAAACGACUGAUUGAUGCAUUUAUCAUCUCCAGUGACAUGUUUAUAGUGGGUUAAGAGCUUAAUGUCACAUUUAUGUUGGAUGAUAAUUUCUAACAUCAAGCGUUCACUCUUAUUCUCUGGAACAGCCCUCAGCCAAAGCCUCUCUCCCUCUUGAAUAUUUACUAGUAUGAUAAGAUGCAAUAACUAUUAACCUCAGACUUUAGACUUAAUAAAAGAAAUUCACCAAGUACAAGAGUAUUCAGUUAGUGCUGGUGUUUAAAAACAUGGUUUAUUUCAAAUAAAUGCUGUUUCUGCAAAAAUA